GAACCAUCACAAUUCCUCUCGCUAUAUCUUACCCUUCAAGAUGGGAUGGCUCUGGGCCUCCAAGCCGAGCCCCGAGUCGGAACAAGCUCCCGUUAAGUCGGAGUUUUCGGAAGAAGCUGCAGCAUCAAGGCCAACUGCAUCGACCUCAAGUCCCGUUCAAGAUCCCCCCUCGAAGAAGCCGCUGAGUCGCGAUGAGCAGAGCGCAUUAGAAUGGGCAAAUCUUUUAAAAGAAUUCCAAGCGGACGAGUCACGGUCAUCGGCCAAACGUGUAGAGGCUCGGACGGCGGCAGAGCCUACACUCGAUGUCUCGCCCGACUCCCUCUACCCAACCACGAUGACCUGCCAGUCGGCCUUCAACUACGCCAUGUUCUGUAACAUGUUCUCGGGUCAAUUCCUCAACGUCUAUCGAUAUGGCGAGUUUAGGUCGUGCUCAAAUCACUGGGAAGACUUUUGGCUGUGCAUGAGAACGAGAACGUGGGCUGAUGCGGAUCGUGCAAAGGCUAUUCAAGACCAUUACAGAAAGAAGGCUGUCAAAUACAAGAUGGGUCCGAGUAGCGAGGAUGUAUGGGAACUCCGGACUGAGCCUUUAAAAGACGCAAUGCAGGGAAACCUCGAAGAGUUGGAGGCUAGAACAGCAGUCUGGAAGGCUGCCAAUCCAAAUGCUCCAGACCCGUUCUCAAACGAGCGCCAAAUCGAAUAUGAGCACACCACAAAAAGUACUUGAAACAGUGGCCCCCCCCAAUGCGGUCAUGAUUUAUUGCAGAAACGAUGAUGCGAAGGAAACUCUUGCCUUCAGCUAACCCGUCUGCAGUCGGUGAGGAUGUCCACAAGGCCACCUAGCCCCAACCAACUCACCAUCGCCACGAAUGAGGAUGGAUCUAUCCCUUAUGAGAUGUGUAGACGUUGGGAGGAGUCGUCAUCUACCCACGAGCUCCCCCUGACCUUGAGGUCCUGUGCUUUUCUGUCUUGGAAAGUGCAUACUCGAAACUUUCGACCAAGCUUUCCUCUCCUCUCCUCUCCAUGAGCGCUAAAUCAAGCACAAAGGCAAGCAGGAUCUGAUGCAUUUCGGCAGGCUGGCCAAAGGUGUUCCAAAGGACCAUAGUCACACGAUACCCUCAAGAUUGAACUGGUCAACCAACUCAACCAACAUUGCAUCGAGACAACGUUAUAGAGCUUGUUUUCCGCGCUGGGGUCUCAGGUCCAAGACAUCUGAGGAAUGACCUAGGGUUCCCUGAUUUCAAUCUUUAAGGAUUAAUUAGAUCUGAGAAGACAUCCUAUGGACACGAGCUCGAAUC